CGGACCCGUUGACCUUGUUGCAAAUCGCGGUUGUUGUGAUCGAUAUGAUGGACGACUCAGAAACCUACAAAUUAUGGAGGAUUCGUAAAACCAUUCUCAAGAUGUGCAAAGAUAGGGGUUAUCUAGUAAUGCCUAAAGAAUUGGAGCAAUCACUCGAAGAUUUCAAAGCAACAGUCGGAGAUCCACCAACGAGAAAGGAUCUUCUCAUGGUUGUUAACCAUGAAGAAGAUCCUGCUGAUAUGUUAUAUGUGUUCUUUCCAGAAGAAGAAAAAGUUAACAUGAAAACUGUCCGGGCAUAUUUGAAUCAAAUGCAACAAGAUAGUACUUACAGAGCAAUUUUGGUCCUUCAAGAAAAGGGUCUCACACCUUCUGCAAAGACAGCUAUCGCGGAACUUUCGUGUAAAUACACUUUGGAGUGUUUCUUUGAAAAUGAACUAAUGGUCAAUAUAACGGAACAUCAGUUGGUUCCGCAACACAACGUUCUCACACAGGAAGAAAAGAAAGAAUUGCUCGAACGAUAGUAAUUUGGUACUUUUUAUAAUUCAAUGAGAACUUAGUAGGUUAAAGGAAAAUCAGCUUCCCAAAAUGCAAGCUAGCGAUCCUGUUGCUCGAUAUUAUGGUCUAAGAAGAGGUCAAGUUGUACGAAUUACUCGGCCAUCAGAAACAGCCGGACGAUAUAUCACUUAUAGGAUAGUUUUGUGAAUAAAAUUGUGUACAGAUUCUGAGUUUUUGAAAUUGUAUUUUGGGUCUAAAGUCAUACGUACUAGAUUAUUUCAAAUUUAUUAAUUCAUUGCUGCUUUUAUUAUGUUGUAUUAAACAAACAGUCAUUGUUUAAAUGAUCGUUAGUCUGAAAAACUUUUAAAGUUUUUAAAACUGAUCCAGCUACAGAUGUUACUCACUGAAGCUAAAAGAACCUUUCAAGUAAUUUGUACUAUAUUUAAUAACUCUGACAGUUCGCUAUACAAGUUGUGUUAUGGUGGACAAAAUUGAAUAAUCAUGCGACUUUUUCAUUUAAUUUCCGUUCUUCACCUUGAUUACCCGUUUGUUAACUGAAAAUUUACUCAUAGUCAUGUUACCUUAUUGGGAUAUUUUGUGUACAGCUAAUAACUGUAAUACCUUAGUAUAUAUAUUCACAUAGCGAGUGAGCAA